AUGACGUCUUCAAAGACGUUAGAUGGGUCGUUUGUUAUCAUUGAACUCGAAGAAAGACCUCCUUCAUACAACGAUGAUAGUAAACAACAACAGCAAUUUCCUCUAAAUAUUGAUGGGGUGGUAAAUCCCGACAUGCUAGAUGCGCAUUUAGCCUUGCUAAUGAAAUUCAAAGAAUUAGAACAAUCUGAUGAAGAGAUGGAAGACCAAAAAAUGCCUAUUCCUCCACUUGAUGUUUGCUUAAUAUGGCACGCUCAUUGUCUUUCGCCACUACGCUAUUAUGAAGAUAUGCUACGUCUUCACGAUCCUCAAAAACACGAUCAUAAUUUUCCGUUAGCUCAAUUGGCAACUGAAUUACCCAGUCACGCUCUUUAUAGUGGAACUCCUUUAUAG